CGUUGACAUUGCCUUCCCGAUUGGUGUGGAUUGGUUUUACAUUAAUUUAAGCCUUGCGAUCGAAUUUGCGAUUGUGAGCUCACUUGAAUUCCGAAAUAUUAUACUAAUUUAAAACUCGGACGAAACAUGUCCAUUGUGAAGAGCAAUAUGCUGGUACGCUCUUUGAGCACUUCGGCGGCCGCAGCCCAAAUGGUAAAGCCUCCUGUCCAAGUUUUCGGCUUAGAGGGUAGAUAUGCAUCAGCUUUGUAUUCAGCAGCAUCGAAGAACAAGACCUUGGACACCGUUGAGAAAGAGCUCGUCAAGUUCCAGCAAAGUAUCAAAACUGAUAAUAAACUGAAAGAAUUUAUCCUAAACCCCACAUUGAAGAGAAACCUAAAGGCAGAAGCACUUAAGACAGUUGCGACUAAGACAAACCUGUCUCCCACCACAAGCAACUUGCUUGGUCUUCUUGCUGAGAAUGGCCGACUGCAGAAGUUGGAGGCUGUUAUCAAUGCCUUCAAGAUCAUGAUGGCUGCACACCGUGGAGAAGUCACUUGUGAGGUUAUUACAGCUAAACCUCUCGAUGCGGCUCAGAAACAGAACCUUGAAGCUGCUUUAAAGAAAUUCCUGAAGGGUAAUGAAACUCUUCAACUUACAGCUAAAGUUGAUCCUUCUCUACUUGGUGGCAUGGUUGUGUCUAUUGGUGACAAAUAUGUGGAUAUGAGUGUCGCUAGCAAAGUAAAGAAAUACACUGAACUCAUCAGUGCAGCAGUUUAAAUAAUUAGCGCCUGGAUAUUAAGUAAUACAAUCAGAAUAUGAAAUCAAUAUUAGAAAAUGUUUGUUUCAGACCUUAGUGAACAUUAAAUUAUUGAUAAGAAAUAA